CCGAUGCCUUCCGAUGGCUUUGCUUGUACUUUCGGAAUGACGAAGUUCGAAAUCACGCACAUUUGACGGAGCUAUUAAAGACGUAAAUCAUGUCAGAAGAAUCAUCAACUCCAUCAAAUGAGCAGAAUGCUGCAUCUGAAGAGUCUCAAUGUGAAGACAUAGAUAAAAGCCAAGUAAAUGUAGCAGAGAAAACCACAGACACACCCACAGAGAAACCCACAGACACACCCACAGAAACAGCCAACCAAUCAGAUGGGGGAACAGAGGCCACUAAAAAGUCAAAAAUUCCAGUUAAAGAAAUAUUUGAGCCAGGAGAUUUAGCAAAGUGGGAAAAGUCAGAGGCGUACAGAGAUUUAGUUGGAUUCAUCACUGCCAUUAAUGAGGCUGUGAAGGGAAAGAAAAUAACAGAUCCUUACCCUGUCUCUCAGACAAUAGAGAAGCUUCUUGUCAUGUUGGACAAAAUGUCGUCAUGGAUUGACGAGAUUCCCCCAGUCGAUCAACCACAGAGAUUCGGAAACAAAGCUUUCAGGGAUUUCUUCAAAAGAUUAAAAGAGAAUGCAGAGACUCUAGUUAGGGAAGCUAUUGGUGAUAAAUUUGAGGACUUUAUCCCAGAAAUCUCAGUAUAUCUCGUAGAGUCUAUAGGAAAUGACACAAGAAUAGAUUAUGGUUCAGGACAUGAGCUAGCCUUUGCAGCCUUUCUGUGUUGUUUGUUUAAAAUUGAAGCCUUAACAGAACAAGAUGCUACAGCAGCAGCACUUAAGGUGUUUGAGAGGUACUUACAAUUUGUCAGGAAGUUACAGACUGUGUACAGGAUGGAGCCAGCAGGAAGUCACGGCGUCUGGAGCCUGGACGACUUCCAGUUCCUCCCAUUUCUGUGGGGAAGUUCUCAACUCUUAGGGCAUAGAAGAAUUUUACCCAAAUCCUUUGUGAAUCCUGACAUUUAUGAAACCUUUGCUAAAGACUAUAUGUUUCUAGGAUGUAUUAAAUAUAUUAAUCAGGUCAAAACAGGACCAUUUGCAGAACAUUCAAACCAGCUCUGGAACAUCAGUGGGGUGCCAAAUUGGGAAAAAGUUAAUUCAGGCUUCAUAAAAAUGUACAAAGUUGAGGUGCUUGGUAAAUGUCCUGUAGUCCAGCAUUUUCUGUUUGGAAACCUUCUGUCCAUUAAACCUGCUACGUGACGAGAUGCUACAUAUGACAGCUUUUUGCCUUUUUAUAGCAUUUAAAUGUUCAUAAUUAUUUAUAAAUCAGGAAAUUAUAAUUGAUAUACAGACUCUGCAUAACUUUUUGAUCCAUGUCAUCACAACUAUUGUGGGUUUUUUUUUAUUAUGUAUCAACGUGCAUUAAUUUAUAAUUAUACAUGUUCAUGUAUAAGAAGAUUGAGUCUUACAAAAUAAUCUAUUCAGUGUUGCUUACAUAUGUGUGUAUGAACUGCAAUU